GUGCUCGCGGACGAUAAAACGCACGCGAACGCGCCGGCGUCGUCGGUGAUCGUCGGCGGUGGACCCACGGGGCUGGCGUGCGCGAUCGCGCUCGCGCGGCGGGGCUGGGGGAACAUCGAGGUGUGGGAACGCCUCGCGAAGCCGCCGUCGAGCGAUUCUUCGGUCUGGGGGGAUGCCUCGCGAUCGUAUAACGUCGGAUUGAGCGGCCGAGGGCAAGCCGUGCUGAAGGAUCUCGGGGUCUUCGAUGCGGUGAUCGAUAAGUGCGCGGUGGUGAAGGGACGCAUGGACUGGGGACCGAACGGCGAGCCGAAGGAGCGCUUGGCGAAUAAGACGUACGAUACGCAAGUGAUUCAAAGGGACAGGCUGGUUUCGGUGCUCGUGGAAGAGAUCGAGAAGAAAUAUGCGGGGAAGAUUUCGGUAUCUUACGACGUCGCGUGCGUCGAUUGUGAGUUUGGUGCGGACGGAGUCACGCUCGAACGCGGAGCGUGCGGCGAAAACUGCGAUCUCGCCGCCGCGCGCGCUCAAGGCAAGACGGUGACGCCUGUCGUGUUCGGUGCCGAGGGCAACACCAUGCAUUCUGCGGUCGUUCGAGAGAUGGAUCGUAACGCCGCAUGCGGGGUGAAGGUUAUCAAGUUCCCGAACACUAAUCCGCGGGUGUACAAGACCAUCCCCAUCCACUUGCCCAGCGACAUGCGAAAGGAUCUCAACUAUAGCGCGCGCACGAAAGCCGGCGUCGCGUUGGAGUGCUUGCCGACAAAAGAAGGUCUUUUAAUCGGUAUCAUGCUCGUGAAACCCGAAGAUGAGGAAACGUGCGUCAAAUUGAGCAACAAAGAAUCUUUGAAGACGUUCUUCGACGAACAUUUUCCGAUGUUCGUGCCUUGGAUCAAGGACGAAGAUAUCGAAAGCAUGGCCAACAGCAAGUUCUUCGGCUUGCCGUCGUUCGGGUACGUGGAUAAGUCCCUUAAUAUGGGUGGUCAGGGCGCGCUUCUCGGGGAUGCUAUCCACACCGUGAAGCCGUACUUUGGCUUGGGUGUGAAUUCGGCUUGGGAAGACGUAAAAGUGCUCGUCGAGGCUCUCGACGACGCCAACGGCGACACUUCUGUGGCGUUACCACACUACUCUAAGAAGCGUGCGGCGGACGCCAAGGCGCUCGUCGAUCUCUCUCGCAGCUUCGAUGGAGGUUUCAUGACCUUUGUCCUUCCUCUCAUCGUCGAUUCCAUUUUCAACAAAGUCGCGCCUUGGCUCUUCAUGCCCAACACGAUUCAAAUGCUGCAAAGGGAAGAGUGGUCUUUCAGCGCGAUCGCCAAGCGCAAAUGGCUCGACCGUUUUAUGCAAGGCACGGUCAUUAUGUCUUUUAUGAGCGCUGUCGGGUACGCCGCGUUGCAACUGACGAGACAAUACGUCUGGCCAUUCGUCGCUCGAGCGCUUUUGCGAGGCGGCGCGUAA